AUGGACUGGCUGCCGAUCGUAUUAGUUCGGUAACCGAUCAAAAUUUCAAUUCAUGCGUUUACCCCUUUGCCCAUAUAUGACACCACAGCGGCGAGCGACUCUAGCUUUAAUUUGACUCACGUUUCAUAAAAAUCUAUGCAGUGGAAUUUGAAAUAUAGAAAUGUUUCUUCGUGUCACGGAGAUGACAGGUGGAUGACAGAUUUCAAAAGAAUCAAAAGACUAUGAUAUAAAUUGCAGCUUUUGGCUGGAAUCUCAAUUAGAAUUUUAGUCAAGAUUCAUUUGCAUUGUAAUUGAGUUCAGGCGUUGUUACACGAAUUGUUCUACGUAUUUAUAACAUAUUUCUUAUUAUGUCAUUCCGUCACUGUGUUUUUCAGUGUUUGAAAUCUGAACCUUAGAAUUAGUACAAAGUUCAAAAUAUUUCAUUCAAGAUUGAUGAUUUUUGUAUGAUUCAGCAGAUAGAUUAGAUUCAAUUAUAAGAGGUUAAAAUUGUUUACAUUUGUCAAGCAGUCAAUUGCAAGCAGGCGAAAGGAUCGAGAGAUAUCAAUUUGCAUCUGUCAUGCCAAGUAGGUCAGGAAUCGAUUUGGGCAGCUGUACGGCUUAAAUUUAGCACGAAUUGAUUCUAAAAAAAAUUUGUGAUACUUUUCAUCGCAAACACUUCUAUUUUUAUAUCGAAAUGAGCGUCGCAUUAAUAUCAGAAUACUUGGAUACGUAUCAAGGGAGGGAUAAAUUUUUAAGAACGUUGUCCUACAUAGCAAAAUUUGCCACAGUAGGAACAUCGUCGAAUGAAACCGAGAAAAAGUUGAGAGUAAUUAGCAGACAAAUGAGUGAAUGCAGAGUGAUACUGAGAUUGCUAGACGACAUACCUGUAUUACAUUAUGCUCUGACAUAUGGAUGGGGAAAAACGGAGACAGAUUGGUUGAUUAGGUGGACAGAAUUGACACAAAUUGCAGUUGAUAUCAUAUUCUGCCCAAUAGAACACAUCUCCUGGGCUGGCGAGCAUAAAUUAAUUAAAGUCGACACAGAAGUAUGGUCCAAUACUUCUACAUGGCUUUGGAUAAUUUCCUUGCAGCUUUCGUUAAUGAAGUCUCUACGGAGACUGAAGACGCUUAGCAAUUACAGAAGGCAUCUCAUUGAAACUAAUUAUAAUGCGAGGACAGCCUUGAAGGCAGUUAACAAACAGAGAUGGAAUGAAUCACUGGGUUGCAUUAGAUGUCUAUUAGAUACCAGUUACGCGAUUAGUUAUUUGCCAGCUGGUACGCUUUGGGGUGGUAAAUUAAAAACUUGGCACGUUGGAGCACUCGGAACUCUCUCAUCCUUGAUUGGCAUGUAUCAAGCUCUAAGCAAACGGGCAGAGCAGAAAAAGCAGUCUUAACAGUAUUGAGUUGGCAACUAACUUCCCGCCGUUUUUUUAAAUUUGUUAAAAGUUUAUUUUUCAAUAAAAAUUACCAACUAAUUAAUCAA